AUGCCAGUCGAAGAACGUGCACGAUUACGUAGAGCAGCUUGUGAUGGCAAUCUACUUCUUAUCAAACGACUAAUGUUGAAAACCAGUAUACAAAAUCCGGACCCGGACAACGGUUGGACAACGCUAAUGUAUGCCGCCCGGUGUGGACAUGCACAUGUCGUUGAAUUUCUGUUGAAUGCUGGUCAUGAGGACCAUGAAAUAUCAAAAGAUUUCGAAAAUAACACGGUGUUGAUGAUUGCAUCGCAGUAUAAUCAUUUGGAGAUCAUGAAGAUAUACACAAAUUUCUUUCCAGAUUGUAUUCAUAUAAGAAACAAAAAAGGACAAACAGCCUUGAUCUUUGCAGCGCAGCGAGGAUAUAUUGACGUAAUGAAGUGGCUAUUCGCCAACGGAGCAGACAUAAAUCAAACAGACUACGACGGGAACACUGCUCUACACUACGCAGCUGCAUGGAAUCGUUUCGAAGCAGUAACACUCCUAAUCGAACGUGGUAUAAUAUUUGCAGGGAAGAACAUUGCAGGCUGGACCGCACUAGACUAUUCAUAUUCCGUCGAGAUAGAAUCACAUAUACAGGAACGAGCACGAGCACAAUUCGAGGAGAGUAGAAUUAGUAGGCGACGAAAUAACUUAAAAGUUAAUGUUGAUUCUAUUAUUGGGAUAGAGAUGGUGGCGCCGCCGCUGGCUACUCGAUCGGCAACGUUUCCACCACAACAGCAACAGAGACCUAGUCUGGAGUAUGAAACUAGAUCGGCGUCGUUUUCGAAUACUCCGCGGCCAAGUGGAGAGUAUGAAAGCGUGUAUGGGAACUCGCUGCAUUCAAGUGGCACGUUGUCGCCUAAUGAGAUUGCUAGUCCGGUUCGGCGAAAAGAGUCUUUGCCGUGGUGA